AUGUUUACAGAUCUGAUAUCUGGAGAACUUGCAAAAGCAAACACCUUGUCUAACAGUACUGAACAAUCAAUAAGAUCAAUAUUGAUAACACGUCACGAGCCUCAGCAAGAACGUAAACACUGUGAUACGACAAUAAAACCAAAUACUAUAUCACAAUUCGCCAAAAACAACUUUAUCUUGAUAGCUACAUGUAACAGCGAUAUAGAACUUGCUGGAAUAAGUGUUCAGAAUGACGACAGUGAAAACCAAGAGACGUCUUGUAAGGAUAAAUCCAAUUCAACGUGUUUGAAUAAGUUCCCCAAUGGUGCAGAGGUUGCCAAUGUAUGGACUGGUGAAUUUGAAGAUUUAGAAAAAACAGUCACAGCAUUCAUUCGAUUGAAUGAACCCAUAUUUAUUGGAGAUUUAUCACAAGUAGCAUUACCGACCAGGUUCAUUUUCCUUCAUCUUACUCCCAAAUCUGAACCGAGCUAUGCAUCUGAAAUAGGAGGAGCUAUUUCAAAUAUGAUGGUCGAUAAGGUGAGACAUACAGGAUAA